GGAUCAGAGAAAAUAAGCAUAAAAAUCAGUUUGAUUUAGAAUUGAAUUCAUUUCACUACCAUGACUUUAACUGGUAGAAAAUGCUUGCAGGACAGGUUAUUGGAAUAUCAUUAAACAUUGUUUUGAUCGCUUCCUUUAGCAACAGAUGCAAUAUAGAUAAUAAUAUGCUGAUAUGUUGCUUUGGAUACCGAUGGAAUUCGUCUUCAUCAUCCUGUAUAGAGUGCCCACAAGGAUUCACUGGAGCCAAUUGCACAAUACAAUGUCCGUUUCCGACAUAUGGCAGAAAAUGUCAGGAAAAAUGUACAUGUAAGAGGAGCUCUUGUGACAGCAGAUAUGGGUGCAUUUUAUCGAUGAAAAAGUUCUCAACAUCACGGUUACCGGAUUUGGGUUUUAGCACUAUACUUAACACCCAGGAUGAAAAUGUAACCGAGGAAAUUGAAGGAGGUACUAGAAAACAAAAGAUCGAAAGAAAGUCGAAUGUUCUAUCUUUUCUAGUUAUUGGACUUGUAAGUCUAUUUGUACCACUAUUAAUGUUCUACGCCAUAAUAAAAUUCACAAGGCUUCACAAACGAUUUUUAAAAUGUAUAUAUCAAAAUGAAGCAGAAGAUGAAGACAUCACAUACAGCGAGCCUAUCGACAUGAAAUUGUAAUUCUGGUUUGAUCAUCCAUCAACUGAUAAGAUUCUUCUAU